GCAUAAAACCGCAAACAUCAAAGCGAAUAUAACGCGACAAAACGAAUAGAUUACACACUCGCGAGUCUUCUUCGCGAGGUGAAAACCCGCGAGCCAUCCAGUCGUUAGCGAAUCUUAUCACCGCGAACAGCGAUCAAGGUUUCUGAUAUCGAAUCAAGAAGAAGAAGAAGAAGAAGAAGCGUGCAUUUUCCAGACAUGGCCGUUGUCAAUUCGUGUAAAUCGACUAAGAAUAUAGGCCGCAGAAAUGCCAUUCCGAUUAUUCACGUUCGAGGAUCACAUUACGAGAUCGGUUUCGAUAUCGGACGCACUUUCGCCAAGAUAAUUCAAGAUUUCGUGGAUAUCUACAAACCGCUUAACGAAACCUAUCUGCCGUUAUUCGAGACCAACGAAGGCAAAGCGAUUUACGAGGAGACCCUCGACACGGUCAGGAAACAGUUUCCGCAAUACGUGAGAGAGAUCGAAGGAACGGCAGACGGAGCGAAUGUGCCGUUUCAUAAGCUAUUUUUAAUGCAUCUGGACGACAUUAUUAUUUCGAACGUCACCGACGGAGCGCAGAGAAACGCACUUCCAAUCGGUUGUUCAACUAUCAUAUGCAAUCAACCGGGACAAGAGAUUUUGGGUCACAACGAAGAUGCCUACAGCGAAACCUUGAAUCAUUGGUACCUCGUGAGCGCUCACGUGGUCGAAGCCGGUUACAGAGAGGAGAAGUUUACGUCGCUGAGCUACGCCGGUUUCCUGCCGGGCUACACGAUGGGGUACAAUUAUCACGGCCUCGUUUACAGCAUUAACACCCUCAGCGCUGCGACUCUGCGACCCGGCAAGAUUCCGCGAUAUUUUCUGACGCGGGCGUUAUUGGGCGUGGAAAACUUCGUCCAGGCUCAGGAAACGCUGAGGAACGAAGGCUGCGGCGCCGCGGAGGGUUUCUCCGUAAACAUGACAUUUCUCGUUCAAGAAGGUGACCGGAUGUUUCACAACGCCGAGAUAGGUCCGGCCGAGUUGGAUACUGAGCGGUCGCAGCUCAACAUCCUGACCGUCAGCCCCGGCGAGAACACAUCACAUUGCAACAAAUAUCUGCGACUGAAAGUGCCAGAAGUAGAUGGAAUGAUCAUAACCAGCAGUGUCAGGAGAAUGGCAGCGAUUUGCAAGCAUCCACCGGCCGAGUGUCGCCAGGAUGUGAUCGAUAUUCUCAGCGAUCAAACCGACAAUGAGUUUAGAGUCUAUCAAGAGAUCGGCAGCGACGAUUACAUCAAAACAAUCGCAACAGGCAUCUUUGACUGCAUCGAGAGAACGUGGUCUAUUUAUACGGACAAGCCUCAAAGCAACGAACCAAUAUUGGUGAUACCCAUGCAAAUUCGAGAUAUCUCACAAUGUGAAAAAAAGUAAAUUUUCUCUCCUUUUUAAUU